CCGGCGCCAUCUUCGACCGGGCCGGCUGGGUCGGUCCACAACACGCUGACGGAUCUUCUCGUUCGACGGUGCGCCGGCGGCGAUGGCGUCGCGGAAGCUCCUCUUCGCCCUCACGGCGGCAAGGCGAGUCCGCUCUCGCGCCCCCGUACUCCUCUCGGCCUCACUCCUCCCGGAGACCUCCACUUCUGCCUCCCACACAGCCGCCGCCGCCGCCGCCGCGACGAAGCUGUCAGGUGGAUCGCCGUGGGCGCUGCGGCUCUUCUCCUCUAGGGCCUUCUCGUCGACGCGUCCGACGCAGCAAGCCGGCGGAGAUGCGCCCGUCCCAUCCGCGGUGGACCAAAAGUUGAUAAUGCAAGAGGAUAAGUUCCAUAAAUUAGCAGAUGAUACGAUACAUGAUUUACUUGAAAAACUUGAGGUAUAUGGUGAUUCUCAGCAGAUGGAUGGCUUCGACAUAGAUUAUGGGAAUCAAGUUCUAACACUGAGGCUAGGAGAUUUGGGGACCUAUGUUGUAAACAAGCAAACACCAAACAGACAAAUCUGGCUAUCGUCACCUGUAAGUGGGCCUGCUAGGUUUGACUGGGAUGCAGCAUCAAACAGUUGGGUUUACAGGCGAACUGGAGUAAAUCUCAUGCGGCUUCUGGAGGAGGAGAUUGGUGAACUCUGUGGCACUCCAGUAGAUCUCUCAUGAACGGAAAGGAAAAUGCCGCGCAUCUAAGUUUUGAUGGGGCAUUCAGCCUUUGGGCGAAGUAUGAAUGAGAUGACACGUUUUGACAUGGUGAUCAUGCGGAGUAAACCAAAAAAUUGUUGUACUGCAAAAUUUUCCAUAAUAAGUGUCUGGCCUUUGUCGCUAGUGGACAUAAACAUCUGAUACUGUCAUGUUUUGAUCAACUGUUUGCCUGAAGAAUGUGCUUUUGUA